CUUCCUCCUUCAGUCGGCGAGGUGGAGGAGCUUGUCAGUUUCAGCGCAGGUUCUGGGACAAUAAAAGCAGCCAUGGCGCCGGGCCUGUCCAGUCUAGUCGUGUUGGUCAUCUGUGCCUCCAUGUCCAUCUGUGUGGUUGCAUUGGAUUUUGACUGUAAAUCAUACAGGGAUGUAUACAAUAACUACCAUAAAUCUAAAGAGUGCAAGAGAGGAUUUUGCUGUGGUUCCUGUACGAGCAGAGAUUGCUGUUCCGAUUUUAGUCGAAGACUCAGUGAAAGCGCUCAAGAAAGAUGUGAUGAUAAAUUCCUUGAAGUCAGGGAUUCCUCACCUGUGGUCAUAAUUUCUGGUGUCGUGGGCUCCGUCCUUUUUCUUCUUCUCAUCGUCUGCUGCUGCAUCUGUCCCUGCUGCUGUAUUUACAAGAUGUGCCGCAGGCCGCAGCCUGUGGUAGCUACUACCACCCAUACCACAGUGGUGACCUCUGCUCCUCAGCAGUACCCCCAGCAGCCAAUGUCAGUGCCUGGACAGCCCCACCCCUACCAGGCGGCCCAGUAUCCACCCUACCAGCCCAUGCCAGUUCAGCCUGGCUAUGGAACACACCCCAUGCCUACGUCGCCUUAUAAAGGACAAGCAUUUACCCCAGGACCACCACCACCUUAUCAGGAAGCCAUCGGUCCGGCCUACCCUCCCAAUCAGCCCAUGCCUUACAGCCAGGCUGCGUUCAACCCCGGACAGCCAGCGUAUCCUCUACAUCCUCCCACCUACCCACAGCCAAAUGCUCCAUCCUCUCACUCUGACUUCCUGGCACAGCCUGCAUACAACCCAGAUUAUGUUGCACCACCCACAACCGGGUAAAAGUACUUCAUACCAUAAAUAAACUACAACGUUCCUGACAUUAGCAAAACCUGAAGAGAAAGUGUUUCGGUUUGAUGGUAAACAUGGCAAUGUAAUAUAAUGUUGAGCAUCUGUUGUGGUCAGUUGUCUCGAAAUAGAACGUGUUGAUGCCCUUUGACUUAUUUUACAUAGACAUUCAGGAUACAUUUAUGCAUAUAUGUAAGAAUUGUCUGAUUUCAGUUUGUUUGUGGGUCCUUACACAUCUUGGGGGAAUGAGACAUGAAGCCCUGUCUGACUUGAGUUUUUAAAAAGUGCAGAAAUCUUUCAGCUUUAUGAAGAUGCCUCAAAACUUCCUGUUUGCCUUUUAAGUCCAGCUGAACCUACUGGACUCCCUCAUUCACCUUCAGACUUUGAACAAGGUGCUUUCAUGUCUGUGCUCAACACCUCAGAUAUCUGCCAGGUUCUUGCAGAAGUGCAUUGAGCAUGUUCUUUCUUGUCAUACUCUUGUUUUUAUAGUGUUGCGAAAAGUGUGUAUUAGUUUUUAAUACACUGCUGAAAUGCUUUUUUUCAAAGCAUUCUUUAUAAAAGGGAACACUUACUUUUUCAUCAGUUAGGAAAAUAUCAUAAAAAAUAAAACAAUAGCUUAUAUGUGGUAGAGUUUAUAGGGUUUGGUUUUUAUUACAGUUGCACCAAUGUUUCAUCCAGUCAAUAAAUCGGCUUGGAUUUACUUCACUUUGGGAGAUCUGAUUGGUUGAUGCUAACAUGUUCAGUCCCUCUUGUCCACCGAUCUUAUCUGUCUAUACUGUGAGAGUGACUUGAUUGACAGACACUCCUCUGAGGUCAUGUUUGCAGUUUACAAUAGUUGCCCCACUGUUGCCAACUCUGUGACCUUGUUAUAUUUAGCAGGAUUUCAGACUUCCGAAACUGUCGGAAAUCUGAACCAAAAUCUAAAUCGGUAGGUUAGGCUUUUUUAGCCAGAAAACUGCAAUCGGUGCACCCGUAGUUUUUGAUUGUCAAAUGUACAUCUGAACACUUUUGCAUCUGUAGCUUCAUUUAGUGUUACUUCAGGACUUUUCUCUUUGGUCUACCAAAUAUUCAGUCUUAACCAAAAAGGAGAAAUGUUACAUAUUUGAAAUGCAAGACACAAAUGUGCCUUCAUAGCAUGGUUGUGGCUGGCUUGAGAAGUUUAAGUUAUUUUGAAUUUUUGAACUGUUAAUUAUUUGAGUGCCAUAGUAUAAAUUACUAUAAUUUAUUAUUUGUAAUAAAUUAUAAUAAUUUACUAUCCUUUUCAUUUCAAACAACGUACCCUGUUUACAUGACAAAUUACUUCAUGUCUUUGUCAUUCAGACAUUCAGAUUAGAGAUUAAUACAUUUUAUAUGUUUUAACUCAAAUUAGACAGUAAAAUCAUGUAUUUCUAUAAAAUAUCCUUGUACCUUAAUUGCACAAUUUAAUUUAUGAAUAGUUGAUGCUUUUUUCCAGCUUUUGUGUAUUUCCUGUGAAAUUUUGUGCGGUUUCUGUAUGUAUGUGUUUUCUUUGUUCGGUUGCCACUAAAAAAAACUCAACUGUUUUUGCCAUUGACUCAAGUCAUUUGAAAAUGUUUUUUUGGGUUUUUUUUCGUAAAGCAUGAUAGUAAAAACAAGUUGUUCUUGGUUUGCCUUUUGUUUUAAACUAGCUGGGUAUCUUUUUUGUUUUUCAGAUUCAUUUGAAUCAUUGUCACUGGGAAAAAAAGCAACAGCUAAGGUUUUACUGUUUUUCAUCUUGUGAUCCAAAAUAUUUUUCUUGUCAUAUGUAAAUAUAUGUACCAUUUAUUUUACAGACUUCCAUAAAAUAUAUUUUUUCUGCUUGCAUCUGGUUGUUUAAAUUGACUUUCAGUGAAAGGGUUACUGUAUAAGGCAUUUAAAUAUUUUGGUUGUGCCCUUUGGAAAAUAAAAUUGAGAAGAGGAAGGAAAAGGAAA